AGGGCCUUGACAUCCAUCACACAAGCAGCCUUCCUUCAAUUUUGGAUAAAUACAUAUCAACCGGAUGUAUCAAACAGGACACACAUAAAAAACAACGUAAAAAACAGAGUUGGGUGGGUGAGGAUGAGGAAGCUUUCCUGGUGUCUGCCCGUAGUGACCCAGAGGAGGAGACCAGUAUCCAACAGAAAACCAGCCUGGAUCAGCGCCAUCUAGAGGUGUACAGGAACAUGCACCUGAUGCAGGGGCUGAUGCGACGUCGCUAUGCUGCGUUACUGAGGCAGAAAGUCAGCAAACAGAGACAAGAGAUCAAACAGCAUGAGCCCCCAACCCCUAAACCCCCAGAGAUCUCAAGAGAACAGUGGCUGAGUACAGUUGCAGGGAGGAAGCUGCCAUACUGCACUCUUUCACAUGAUGACCAAUACAUGGAGUCUCUGCCCAAAACUGCGUACUACCUGAUUGUGGAGCUGGAGAACCAGCUGGCUCAGUGUGGCUGUCUGAAGACCCGGCACGACCAGGAUCAGUUCUGGUCAAUGGUGCGGCAGAAACGCAAGAAGGUCCGGCUGGAGACCAGAUUGAGCCAGAUCCGUGGGAUGAUGAUUGGUGGCUGUUCAGCUCCUGAUCUGGGAUCAGUGAGAUUCAUCCGGAAGAAAUCGUUGGUACCAGUCCCUAUAAUACGGAUCACUGUGGAUGAAGAAACUCAACAGGAACAAGGGGUGGCCAGGCAUCGCUUCUACGGCAAACGCUUCCAGGAACGGGCUGAGAUUGAGCAAAUGUUUCCCAAGGUACCCAUGCCCAAGUUUGCAACUCUACAGCCUGAAUUUCUGGAGCAGUUCAAACCCAGGGGCCUUUCCCAGCUGAAGAUUUAUGAGCCACCGGAAAAGACAAGGACAACAGAGCUGAGUGUGCAAAAGCUGCGUCUCAUGCACAGCCGUUCCCUUACCAACAUGGCCGCCACACAGAGACUGUUGGAUGGAAACAGAAUCCCCCUACACUGGAAAGAGGAGAGCAGUGUCCGUAGUCUGAUGCAGUACGUGUUCCCAACUGAUGAGUCCAGAGUGAAGCAAAGGCACAUGGGGAAACCGUUCCUACCUCGCCUACCUCCUAAGACCACCUCAAAACAGACUUCUGCGCCUUCUCCACAACAUAACACAAGGUCCCCUACACGCAUUGUAACUCCUGAGGUGAUCCCAUCGGACGCAGAGGUUAUUGCCCCAAAUCCCCCUGACCCUUUAACCUUGGAGGAGGUCAGUCAGCAAUCCGCUGUGGUGGUCAUAAACUGUCUUUGUAAAACUUGGACAAAUUAUGUUGGGAAUUCCAACAUGGUGGAAAGUCCAGAGGCCCUAACACCCACUGCAGAAGAAAUAAAGUGAGAAUCUGCCCAGUUACUGUGCUAGACUCUGCAAGGGUAGGUACCAUUAAGUAACCUAAAAUCUGACAGGGGGCCUGACCCUUCUUCACAGAAGAAACUGAACAUACUGCAGGAAUGUGAUGAGAGUGGGACUGUGCUGAGCACUAUGAGUCAGAGUUACUGGCAAAUGAAUAACAGAAACAUGUGAUCUUUGUGACUGUUGUAAUUAGGAAUGGUGUGAAUGGGAUUUAAAGAGUAUACAUAUGCAGUUUUGCAGAGAUGCCAAUAAAUUAUUGAUCCUUUCAUAAUCAGGAUUCACGCUAAUGAAUUUUAAGUUGUGCCUUUCUGAUUUUGUA